AUGAAGCCAAUCGCAUCAUUAAUCUUCCUCGCAACACUCUGCCUUCUCCAACAUGUUGCCCUCGGAGGCCAGCCCGUCGGUGGGAAUGUACUAGAACAAGCGUGCCAGUUCGCGAAAAACAAGGAAACGUGCAUCAACACCCUGAAGAAAGACCCGAACAGCCAAGGAGCCGACCUCACCGGCCUGGCCCUCAUCGCGCUCAGGCUUGCUGCCGCGAAUGCCGCUGAGGUCGAAUCCCACCUGAGGACGUUGCUGCAGAAAAACGCACCUAUGUCACCGGAGAUUCAGCAGGGGGUUUCGGAUUGUGCAGAAACUUACUCCGACGCCAACGGGCAGUUAGAUGACUCGACGGCCGCUCUUUCUGAAAAGAAUUUCAAUGAUAUCAUAACGUGGGUGAAGAUUGCCGUUGCCGAUUCGGAAUAUUGUCAAAACGCCGUCAAAGGUCAGCCCACUGUGGUUGCUGACAAGAGCAAAGUGUUUUUAGAGUUGUGCGAUAAUGCCUUGUCCGUGAUCAAGGCCUUGGCCCCAAACCCCUGA